GUGUAAGGACCUAUCUUCUUGUGGAUGGCACUGAUCUCCACCCAUUCACCAUCUCACUUGACCACAUCCACAAUGCCUACACCUUUAUCGUGUAAAUCAGCUUCGGCAUUGGAUUCAUUACCACGCAAUGCAAACGCACGCAGAUCGGGAACAGCAUUAAAUAGGUUACAACAACAAAGGGUUGGAAGUAAGACAGGCAUUAAUGACUCUGGAGAGAUUGGCAUUUGGGACGAAAGCGUAUCCAGUCUGACACCUGCUUCACCAAUCCUACAAACGAAGAACAACUUGCCAAGUAGAAAAUUAUCAGACAAAUUCGCACCAAGGAGAAAGAGAAAAAUAUCGCAAAAGUCAAACAAGGCCAUUGCAUCAAACGAUCUCCCUUUGGCAAGCUCAGAUUUGUACAACGAUAAUCAAAGGUCCAAUUAUCGCUCUUCGUUCGAUAAUCCGUCCUUUCCAUCUCGAGAUGCAUUUAGCGAUGGCGAGCAGGAAGGUCUAGGUGGCAUUAGCGAAGAUGACGAUGAUUAUGAUGGCGUUGCAAGACAUAGCAUACGUGUUGUCGGUGGUGGUGGUGGUGAUCAAGGCUUGCCUCGCGUACGUGCUAUCAGUCUGUCGCCCAAGAAGUUGUAUCAGCCAAUCAUGAUGCCGAUCGAAGAACCUGAAUAUUCAACGCCAGACAAGGAUGAAUCCCAAAUCAGCGAAGCAAUGUCACCGAUCAGUAACAGUCAAAAAGCUGUAGGAAAUGCACCUGCCAGUCCAAGCAAGAGAAGACAGCAGAGCACACCUGCACGUAAACGAAUAAUUACAAAAGAGAUGAUCGGCAAGCCAACAAACUUUCAGCAUACAGGUCAUAUUGGCGCUACUUCCUACGGGGGAGCAGUCUCAAUGGAUGGAGGAGAUGCAGAAAGGUUGAGACAACAGUUGUCUGAAGUGGCAGCAGCUUUGCGGUUGGAUGAUGGCAAUGUGAGCUCUAAUACGAGCUGCUUACCUUCUCGUGAAGCCAGUAAAGAUAGCCGAGCAGGCAGUAGCGGAGGCGAGACUGCUCUUACUGAAGAUCUGUCUCCUAUGCCAAUGCAUUCUGUCUCGGGGGACUAUUCUUUGCAAGAUCAAUCUGCGAUUAGUGCACCGCAGCUGGAUACUUCUACCAAGCAGCAAAUUGCUCCAGACCUUGCGCGAGCUGAUAGUCAACAUUCCACGCAAGAAAUAACGAACAAGACCGCUUUGAAGCGUACGACAUCAAAGAGGAAGCCCGUGCCGACUCCAAGGAAUCUUGCUGAUCUGUAUGGUGAAUUCAGUCAACCAGACAAUAAUGGGGGCUCAGACAAGGAAUUUGCUAUCUUACCCGACCACAAUCAGCCAACCACACUUCCUACCAGCAUUGAAGAAGAGACUGAAAAUGGAGAAGGAAUUGUUGAACAAGAGAACCAAGUAAACACAAAACCUGUUCCAACCACCAUACGUGCAAACGGCAAGCGAAUGGUAGAAGGUCCUGCUGGAGACUAUAUAACGGAAACAGCCAACGUUCGAUGGAAUAAAGCAAUGAACGAGAUUACCCUAGCCCUUAAAGAUGAAAACAAUGAUGAUGAUGGAGAAGAAGAAGAUAUUCAAACGGGCUUGCAAAGGGCUGAUGAAGUAUUACGACAAUUGAAUGCGACUUGAUGGGUGUAUUGUAAGAGGAAGUGCAAAUGACGGUGAUAAUACAGUGUAUAAUACUUUGCUCGAAGAUGUAUAAAAUUGCAAUUCCUAUAGAAUCAUGC